AAAAUGACAAAAUUUUUUUUUUCCAAAAAUGCCCCAUUUUUGACCCUUCCCAAGGGUAGGUUAGGACAGGUGACCUGGGGGAAUCAAGAUGGCGCUGGGGGACCUGGGGGUAUUUAUACUACUACCCGAAUCGCCUCCUCAUUUUUGCCUCCUCUGAGACCAUGAAGAUGCUGGGGUCGUGUGAUAUGCUGUUCAGCGACGGCACAUUUAAGACUGUGCCUCAGUCAUUCGCACAGUUGUUCAGCAUCCACGGCCGCUACAUGGGCUUCGUCUUCCCCAUGGUGUUUGUCCUCACGACCCGCAUGACAGAGGACACGUACAGAAGAGUGUACGAGCAGGUGAAGAGCAGGUGUGCCGAGCUUGGCGUCACAUUUGGUCGUGACGGCCUGUCGUUCAUGAUGGACUUUGAGAUAGCCAAUAUUAAUGCUGUCCAAGCCCUGUUUCCUCGAGUUAACGUGAAAGGGUGCCUCUUUCAUUUUGAUCAAAUGCUCUGGACAAGAGUGGUGGAGCUGGGCCUCAAGAAUGAAUACGAGACAGUGGGAAGUGACAUCCGCCAAGACGUCGUGACGCUCAUGGCCCUUCCCUUCAUCCCUCUCGAAGACCUGGAAGAGACCUUCAACGAAGUGACAGAAGAAAUGGACCAGCGGCUGGACGACAUCGUGACUCACCUUGAUGUGCACUACGUCAGAGGUGUGGAGCGACGGCGGAGACGCGUUGCACCACGCUUCGGACCUGCGAUCUGGAACACCUACGAAGCUGCACUCGCUGGGGAACAGAGAACCAACAACGCAGUAGAGGGCUGGCACAACCACCUGCAGCGCUUGAUGGUUAUCCGCCACGCAAGCAUCUGGAGGUUCCUGGAGAAUUUGAAGAAGGAAGAAAACGAAAUUUUCACCCAACUGACCCAGGUCAGAGGAGGCCACACCAAAAUCAAGGAGCCGGUCAACAAGAAGUACCUGACGAACCAGCGGCAAGUUGAGCAGAUCGUCAGCAACUACCAGCGCUACAAGGACGGCGGCGAAGUCCUGACCUACCUGAGGGCCAUCGGGUACCAUCUGAAGGCCGGAGCUCCACCCAACGACCAGCAGGAGGGCCAGGAUGAGGAGGACCAGGAGUAAGGUGCGUAUUUUUCUCAUGAGAAACGUCCUAGGGAGAGCGACAAUAGGAUCAUCUGACCUAAGA